CCGAAAAUUAAACAAGCUUUUUUUUUGUACUAAAACUUUCAAUUAUUGUUCUAAGAGAUAAAUCCGCAGAAACAACUGCAGACGUCUACUAAACUCCAGCAAUUAUUCAAAGACUAAUCUUGAAUGGAGCUGGAGCUAUGAAUGCGGACAUGGAAGAACAGGAAGACGAACUGCUCGCCUUCCAAAGUAUCUUCGAUUCGGAGGAGUUCGUCCGGGAUGAAUCGAAGUCUGCCGGACAAAUUCGAGUAUCUGUCGAGCUGCCUUCAGAGUUUAUUGUGGCCCUGAAAGAAGGUGAAACGCUGAGGCAGUAUGAGUUCUCAUUCCUUCCACCUCUGCUACUGACCUUUGAACUCCCGGAGGACUACCCAUCCUCCUCCCCUCCCUCCUUCACCCUCACCUGCAGCUGGCUGACACACACUCAGCUCUCUGCACUGAGUGCUCAGCUCACUGAUCUCUACCAGGCCACCGGUGGUGCUGUGGUGCUCUUCUCCUGGGUACAGUUUCUUAAAGAAGAUGCCCUAAGGUUCCUGGACAUCCAUACUCUGCUUGAGCUCCCCUCUGAUGAACACAGCACCCAGUACGAUAGCCAGGACUCCUUAGAUGCUGCACACUCUGAACCAAAAAAUAAUCAACACACUCCAAAGGCAGGACCCACAGAUAGCCAAAGUUGUAAUGUCUUAGAUCCAUGUAAAUCGGACCUCUCUGCACCAUCGUUAGAAGUUGAGCGUCCGAUAGUGAUUCUUGCUGAUGGCCAAGAUCCUUCAAUCUUAGACUGGAGCAGCACAGACUCCCAGGGAGCUGUGGCAUUGAUCCAAAACACUUCUAAUGAUUCCAACCAUAUUGCACAGGCCUCAGACGCGAGGGAGGCUGAACAGACCCCCCAAACCUCAGAGUUCAAGGCUGACUUAGAGAAUGAUCUGAACUCAGCAGCAGGCCAAUCAAAGCGUCUUCCAUUUGCACAGUCCAAUCAAAGUGGCCAGGAAGAUUUCUUAAACGAAAGGGAUGUUUCAGUCUCAUUAUUACUUCCCUCUAGCUCCUCAGACCCACAGGAUCAAAGUGAACAAGGAGCUGCUUCUCUGCCAAUCGACCCCAGAGAAUCCCCUCAUAAUGAAACCCAAACGUUCCCUGGUCUUUCCCAAACUCCGUCACAAACUCUUCUGAGCCAGCUCUUGAUCUAUAAUGCGGCUCAGAAACGGAAAGCGUUUGCCACCACAGUGUUUGACUGCGGUGUGUGUUUUAUGCGCUGGCUCGGUUCGGACUGCGUGCAGUUGCCCGAGUGUGGCCACAUCUUCUGCCAGGCCUGUCUUGCCGAGUUCUGCAAGCUCCAGAUAACAGAGGGGAACGUCCGGGCUGUCACCUGUCCUGAGGCAGACUGCUCUGCCACCCCUACACCUGCACAGGUGAAGCGGCUGGUAGGGGAGGAGCUGUUUAGCCGCUAUGAUCGUCUCCUGCUGCAGUCAACUCUGGACUGCAUGGCUGAUGUGGUGUACUGUCCUCGGCGGACCUGUGGUUCAGCCGUCAUCGUGGAGAAAUCCAGCACUGCAGCUCUGUGCUCUGUGUGCAACUUUGCCUUCUGUGUCACCUGCAAGAAGACCUACCAUGGAACAGGUGACUGUCGGGUAAAGACGAGCAUAAACACGGAAAUACAAGUCAUUGCAGACCUGCCACAGUCACAAGAGGGGCUGAGGGCUCUGUUGGACGACUAUGCCAGUGGCAGUAAGGAGAGGCAGAGCCUCUUGGAGAGCAGAUACGGCCAACGUAAAAUGCAGAACACUGUGGAGGACCUUCUGAGUGAAAGCUGGAUAGACUCCAAUAGCAAAUACUGUCCUCACUGCUACUGCAGAAUAGAGAAGAACAGAGGAUGUAACAUGAUGACGUGCUCUCAGUGUGGACAGAGCUUCUGCUGGGCCUGCCUCUCCAGACUAGGAAAUGGUUCAGGCAGACACUUUGUGGACACUCCCUGCUCUCUCCAUGUAUACGACUAGCGCUGCUGGUGCUUCAGCUAAACAAAUGUUGCACAUGGUAUGCUGUGUUCAAAUUGGUUAGAUUUAUUAAUGUACUUUUAACAAAUACUUGACAAUGCACAUAAAUGUAGAUUUUACAAAAAAAAAAGCAAACAUAAAUUAUGUGGAAUAUAUAAUUAUAACCUCAACACAUUUUAAAUCUGUCAGUGGUGGAAGAAGUACUUCAAUAUUUUAGUAAAGUAAAACUAGCAAUACCACAGUGUCAAAGUGCUUAUCAUGCAAGAUGUCCCAUUUCAGAAUAUUAUCUUAUUGGAUUAUAAUCAGUGAUGCAUUAAUGUGUAAGCAUCCCUAUUGUUGCAGCCUGAAAAAAGUGGAUCCAAUUUUAACUACUUUAUAUACUGCUGGGUAGUGUAAUCCAUAAUAAUAGAUCAUCACUAAUUAGUCGAUUUAUAUUUUGUAUUAAUAAUCUGAAUCUGAGAAGUAACUAGUAACUGAUGUCAUAUAAAUGUUGUGUAAAAGGUACCAUAUUGACUUAAUUAAGUGGGGUAGAAGUUAGGGCUGUAUAUUGGCAAGAAUUUGGCGAUACGAUACGUAUCACGAUACAUGGGUCACGAUUCACUAUAUUGCAAUAUAUUUCGAUACUGUGCGUAA